CUUCUUUCACUCCGCCACAACUUCACACAGAAAAACAUCAACAAAAGCAGGAAGAUUUACAUAACACCAUGGCCACCUCUGCCAUCCAGCAGUCAGCCUUCGCCGGCCAGACCGCUCUGAAACAGUCUAAUGAGCUCGUCCGAAAGGUCGGCAGCGGUGGCGGCCGUAUUACCAUGCGGCGCACUGUUAAAAGUGUUCCCCAAAGCAUCUGGUAUGGCCCAGACCGCCCAAAGUACUUAGGACCAUUCUCUGAGCAAACUCCAUCAUACCUGACAGGUGAGUUCCCAGGUGACUAUGGAUGGGACACUGCUGGGUUAUCAGCAGACCCUGAGACCUUCGCCAAGAACCGUGAGCUCGAAGUCAUCCACAGCAGGUGGGCCAUGCUUGGAGCACUAGGCUGUGUCUUCCCCGAAAUUCUGUCCAAGAAUGGUGUCAAGUUUGGUGAGGCAGUUUGGUUCAAGGCUGGUUCUCAAAUCUUCUCCGAGGGUGGUCUUGAUUACCUUGGCAACCCCAACCUAAUCCAUGCCCAAAGCAUCCUUGCAAUCUGGGCUUGUCAGGUUGUGCUCAUGGGAUUUGUUGAAGGCUACAGGGUUGGUGGUGGACCACUUGGUGAAGGGUUGGACCCAAUCUACCCCGGUGGGGCCUUUGACCCUCUUGGUCUUGCUGAUGAUCCUGAAGCAUUUGCUGAGUUGAAGGUGAAGGAACUCAAGAACGGUCGGUUGGCGAUGUUCUCUAUGUUUGGAUUCUUUGUUCAGGCUAUUGUUACCGGAAAGGGACCAAUUGAGAACCUUUACGACCAUGUUGCUGAUCCUGUGGCCAACAAUGCAUGGGCCUAUGCCACAAACUUCGUCCCCGGAAAAUGAAAAGAC